CCGGUGUAAACAGUGGCGUCUCGGCGGGCGCCGAAGCCCGACCUGGCAGGACCCCGGAGUAACGGCCGGCCGCGGCCCGGAGUGGCCCGAGAGUGGCCAUGGCGCAAGGCCGGGAGCGCGAAGAUGCCUCCACGCACUUCACCAACGCCUCCCUGUCGGUGAGAUGGGUGCAAGGAUUCCCGAGUCAGAACGUCCAUUUCGUCAACGACCACACCAUCUGCUACCCUUCUGGGAACUACGUAAUAUUCAUUAACCUUGAAACCAAGAAGAAGACUGUGCUCCAGUGCAUCAAUGGAAUUGUGGGCGUCGUGGCAACUAACGUUCCUGGUGAAGUUGUGGCUUUCUCUGACCGCAGACUAAAACCCGUCAUCUACAUCUACAGCUUUCCUGCACUGUCCAGAAAAAACAAGUUAAAAGGCAACAUCCUCCUGGACUACACUUUGCUUUGCUUCAGCUACUGCGGCACCUACCUGGCCAGUUACUCGUCUCUUCCCGAGUUUGAGCUGGCCCUCUGGAACUGGGAAUCCAGUGUCAUCUUGUGUAAGAAGUCAAAUCCUGGAAUGGACGUGAGCCAGAUGUCCUUCAACCCCAUGAACUGGCAUCAGAUGUGUUUGUCAAGUUCAAGCAUAGUGAGCGUGUGGACCAUUGAGAGAAGUAACCAGGACCAUCACUUCAAGAUGAGGUUGGUCAAGCUCCCUCUGGAAGACGGGUCGCUCGCCAGUGAAACAGACCUCCUGUUCCCCACCUCACUGAGCAAGAAUCUCAUUUACGGGCCCGUGCUGCCACUGUCAGCCAUUGCCGGGCUGGUGGGCGAAGAGGCCGAGACGUUCAGGCCGAAAGAUGAUAUCUACCCUCUGCUCCACCCGACCAUGCAUUGCUGGACUCCGUCGAGUGACCUGUACGUUGGGUGUGAAGAGGGUCAUUUUCUGACAAUUAACACAGAGACUCUGAAGGUGACUGUGCUCCAGAAGGUGGAGGAGAUAUCACUGCUGGAUGGAGGCCCACUUAUCAGUCCGCUCACACUGGUGUACCAGAAGGACGGCGUGCUCACUUCUGGAAUUGACGGCAUGAUAUACUCUUUCAUCGUCAAAGAUUCCAAGUACCAGGUGAAGAAUUUUGUUGAGGUUGAUGCGCCAGUGGCAAAUUUGGUGUUUUCCCCUAGUUACAAGAUGUUGCUGAUUCAAACGGACAAGGGGACUGUUUACACCUACACAUUUGGUGCAGAGCCAGCGCUAGAUAAAGUCCUAGAAGCCUGUGAUGGGAAAGUCCAGGCAAUGGACUUCAUCACACCUGGAACCAAACAUUUCCUGACGCUCACAAAUUCAGGGGAAGUUGCUAUUUUGUGGAUAGAGGAUUGCACUUGUGCAAGCAAGGUUUUGCUGGGAACUCCCGCAACAACUCUAGCAUGCUCCCCUUCCUCCGCGUCGGCUGUCGUGGGGACAGUGGAUGGCUAUCUAUACUUCCUGGACGUCCACAAUGUGGAGGCCCCUCGGGUGAUUCACACGCUCUUCCUCUCCGAGUCACCGGUGAAGAUCUUGACCUAUGACCAGCGAGGAGUUUUCCUGUUGGCCGGUACAGUCGAAGGGAACAUCUUUGUAAUUGAUGCCAGACCCUCGAGCUCGUUUAAGAUUUUCGGAUACACUGAGACGAACAAAGACCUUCUGCAGAUAUCCACGGUGUCCCUCCCGGUGUCGGACGUGGUGGAAGUGCUGGUGCUGUCCCCACUUCCAGAAAUAAGAAGCAGGCUGGAGUACUUCGUCCUGCCUACCAGGCUAUCACAAGUUCCUAGCGCCAUCUCUGAUGAAAGAGGAAGGCUGAAGGACGACUUCAUCCACAAGUUCCUGUACGAGGUGGAGCACCCUCUGUCCUCCGCUGUGCUUGGCUUUGAAGGCAACAAGAUCUAUGGCUUCUGCAGCCAAGUGCCAUACAUCUGCAGCUAUCUGAUACCCAAGAAGAAUCACGUUGGUGUUUGCGUACUCAAGCCACACCAAAAAGUCCAAACCAAACAGUAUGGAUCUGGAAUGAUCUCCAUGUCUUCACAUGGAUUAUGGCUCCUGACAAUAGCCAAAUGUGGAUUUCUCUGUGUCCGAGAUAUUUUCAGUCUGGAAACGUUUGCCCGGUGUCGGAGUCAUUCUCACCAGGGGCACGGGAUCCAGUACAUAAAAAUGUCCAUGGAUGGCCAGCACAUCCUGGUGAACGGGAAAGAUGACGGCACUCUCGUCUACCUCAAGUGGAAGCGGCUUGGAGCAAACUUAGCAAAUGAGAUCAUUGAACACUGCCAACAACUAAUAACCAGUCUGAGCAAAAUGGUGGAAAAAGAAAAUGAAUAUUUAGUCACAUCAGGAGUUUCCCAAGAUGUGAAGCAAGAAGAGGAGCCAACAGAAUCCGGUAAAAAGCUGAGCUUGGACUCAUCACAAGAGGAAUUAGCUAUCCAUUCUGACAAGGAAAUUUCUUGGAUCCAACAAAAAAGUAAAGAGGCCAUCAAAAACGAGGUCAGACUGUUUUCACAGAAAAGGAAAGAGAUCAAAAGAGGAAUCAAGGAGCUUUCUCGAACUAUUACGGGCAUGAUGGAAGAAAACGAAAAAGUGGAACCAAUUGCAAAGUUAGAGGGACAGGAAUUCUGCCUGGACCUUGAGGAGCUGGAGAGGCUUCACGAUGAGAGCGAGGAGGAGGUGGCAAAGAUAAGAAAAGAUGUGGAGAUGCAUAACUUGGCCAAGAGCUAUUUAACUGAGCUCAUCCGGGAGGAGUGUUGGAAUUCCAUGGCUGUGAAGGGCCGAGCCCUGAAGUGCUUCCAUAUCCCCUAUGUGGUUGAGAACUUCCCCAUGAAAGAGCGUACAGAAGAAGAGCUGCAGCAGUUGAACAGAGUUCUGCAGCAAAAGAAGACCGAGGCAGAGUGUCUUAAGCUACGGAAGGAAAUUGUAGAAGUCCAGUCUUCGGCCACUAUGCUUAAAAAGCAUCAUGACGAGGAGGAUGAAGAAGAAGAGGAUGAAGAAAAUGUAGUAAAAGACACCAGCCUGCCCAACUACAUGCUUGGUAGUUUGAGUACUGAUUUUGGGGCAGAUACGUCUCUGUUGACAAGUCAAUUGGAACUUCAUUCCAGAGAGGAGAAAAUCAACCAAAUUAUAUUACUAAAAGAUAUCAUUUACAAGGUAAAAAAGGCUUUCAACAGCGAAUUUGAUGCCGCCUAUAAACAAAAAGAGAUUGAAAUUGCACGCGUGAAAGAAAGGAAUGUUAGAAUUGAAGAAAUUAUUACAGACCUGGAACUGGAGGAAAAGGUCUGGCAACCAGUGUUUGAAGACUGUGAGAAGCCAGAAAGAGCCCUUGUUGUGGAAGAUGAUGAGAUUUCAUUUCAAAAACACCUUGCUCCAUGGCAAAAAUCGAAAACAGAAAUGACCACACCCUUUGAUAUGGAGCAACAACAGCAGGCGCUGGCCUCCGAUGCAAGACAGAGAGGCCUGAUGGACAUGAUGGGAGGUGUUCUGGAAGUCAAGAAGGAAGACAUCUUGAGAAUGUUUCCUGCCUUCGCCCUCACUUCCCUGAGUGGCCAUGAUAGCUCUGUGGUGAAGCCCCAGCCUCGAUUCAAUGCAGUUGUUUGUCCUGAUGUCUCUAGCUUGUACCAAGCUGACAGAAAACUAACAAGCAAGUCUUUAGAAACUGAACUGAAGAAACUUCAAAACUCUAUCCAAGAAAGCACCCAGAACUUAGACGAGCACUUGAAGAGACUCUUCGAAAGAAGGGUGAAGGCGGAGAUGGUUGUCAACCAGGAGGAGCUGAAAAUAAACAACCUCGUGUUUUCUUUGCUGCUGGACGAAGAACUGAGCUCCAGGGAGCAGUUCCUGAACAAUUACCUUCUGAAGAAGCAGGAGGAGAAAAGCAAGACUGCAGAAGCCAUCCGUAAAGCUAGAGGAGACCUGGAUGUGUUCAAGGAGCACCAUGACAACUUGGUGGCCGAAGACAAAAUUCUGGAUCGCAGCUUCAAAAAGGAAUUUUCUGACAUUUCUGGUCACCAGGUGGAUAUACUCUACAAACUUUUUAAACGCCGGCCAAGGAUUCACAAACAGAAAACACAUGCAGAUGUGAACAGUCUUGUUCCUUAUGGAGAGCGACCAGGAUCUGGCAAGUUAAAUAAGGAGAACUUUACCCAGCUAAUGAAAGCCAUGGAUGAACUGGACAAUAUCAGUAACAUGCCAGAAGGUUUGGACCCCUUCGUCUGGGAACAUUUCUGCACAACCAGACGAGCAAAAGUGGAAAAUGAAUACAAAGUCAAACAGAAGGCUGCUGGUCUCCAGGAAAUGACGACUUUUCUCCGGAGGAGAGUGGAGGACGAUGAGGCCGUGCAGCAUGAGAUUGAAAAGGUGUUCCAGGAGCUCCUCCGAUUACAGGAGGAGAAAGUGAGAUUCCAGGUGAACUUGACAAUACAAAUUCUUCUUAAACAAGGACAAGUAGAACUGGAGAAUUUCCAGUUGAUUCUGGAAUAUUCCGAUGCAAUUCUCAUCAAUAAGAACAUAAUUGAAGACUUGAAUUCUGUGAUCCGGGCUCAAGGACAAAAGAAAGUUGCCAGCAUGAUGGAAAGUAAAGAAGUCCACAAAGGAAUCUAUCAGAUCGAGUGGGAACAUAAGAAAAUGGAGAUGGAAAUGGAAGAUCUGAAUCAGAAGGCCUGGGACAUCCAGAUGCUGUUCUUCUCGCGAGAUCGUCAAAAGUACCUAAAUGAACCAAACUACGAGAAUCUGAUUGCUAUUCAGAUUGGAAUAAUGGAGCAAACGAUUAAUGUUAUAGAUAAGACUCACAGGAAGAACGUAGAAAACUGCAAAAAAUUACUUAAAAAAUUGGGAAGAUACAGUAAUCAGAAAGACAUAGCAAAUUACAUGCUGAGCUGCAAUCUGCGGGAAGAACUAGUGGCUGUCUCCGAGAGACAAGACAUUUGCAAUGAAAUGGGGUCUAAGCUGACUUGUGAAAAGAUUGCCAAAGAACGGUAUGAAAACCUGCUGAAAAAACAGAAGCUGACGAACAUCUCCAAGCAGCAAGCUGAGCAGAUUUCAAUACUGCAGGCUGAAGUUGAAAGGCUAAGAAUGAAAACAUUCCCUGCCCUUGUUCCCAUGUAGAACACCAGCCAGAGCAGGAGGCAAACUCGUUACUCCAAAAUAGUGUCACUUGGAUAAAAACGACUUUCUCUCUCGUAUCAGGGAAUUUAAGUAGGUUACCUCUUAGCUGCACAUUUUUAAUAAAUUAAGUUUAGGUUAAUCAGUAUAUAACUAUUUGUCCUACAUUAAUAAAUGAGUAAAAUACCA